AUACUGGUUUAGAGUGGUUAAAACCCUCGUGGAGCCUUACAGGGCCAUCCUGACCUUCGCCUUUGGGUGUGUGGACGUGUCUUUAGGAAGAGAUUGUGUCUGCUUGAAGUUCCCUCUAGAGCUCUGGGAGCCAGCUGGAAUGUGGGGAAUUCCUCUACCCUUACCUGUCAGGGCCUGAUUAGCAAUGACAUGGUGUCUGUGUUCAUCUCUCUAGUAAAAGUCUGAUGCUUGGAAAACUUCCCUGGAAUUUGCCAUUUCUGGAUGCGCUUAUCCUUGAACACCAGGCGCAUGUGUGCUGGAUGAGUGAGGCCCUGAAUGUCUGCCUGUGUCACUGCUGUCUGUUAAGCCUAAAAUGACUCUGUGAAUUCAGUGGAAUAAAUGGCGUCCAAAGUAACUGAUGCUAUAGUUUGGUACCAGAAAAAGAUUGGAGCAUAUGAUCAACAAAUAUGGGAAAAAUCAGUAGAGCAAAGAGAAAUAAAGGGUUUGAGAAACAAACCAAAGAAAACAGGACAUGUGAAACCAGACCUCAUAGAUGUUGAUCUUGUAAGAGGAUCUGCUUUUGCUAAAGCAAAACCUGAAAGUCCUUGGACAUCUUUGACCCGCAAAGGAAUCGUGAGAGUUGUUUUCUUUCCAUUCUUCUACAGGUGGUGGCUCCAAGUGACAUCAAGGGUCAUUUUUUUCUGGCUGCUUGUUCUUUACCUUCUCCAAGUUGCUGCUGUAGUGCUAUUCUAUACAGCCCAAAGCCCACAUAAUAUACCUCUGACUGAAGUCAUUGGGCCAAUAUGGCUCAUGUUGCUGCUUGGGACUGUGCACUGUCAGAUUGUCUCAACACGAACUCCUAAGCCACCUCCCAGCACAGGGGGUAAAAGAAGAAGGAAAUUAAGGAAAGCAGCACAUUUGGAAGUACAUAGGGAAGGAGAUGGCUCUAGUACCACAGAUAACACACAGGAGGGAACCGUGCAGAGCUACGGUACAAGCACCUCUUGCAGUAUUGGCGCUGUCUUCAGAGAUAUCUGGCAUGCUGCUUUCUUUUUAUCAGGAUCUAAGAAAGCAAAAAACUCAAUAGAUAAAUCCACUGAAACUGAUAAUGGCUAUGUGUCCCUUGAUGGGAAGAAGCCAGGUAGAGGCAGUGAAGAAGGUGUGCAGGGCCAUGAACGUCGCUGUGAGGUGAUUAGGCCAGAAGAGACAGGGUGGAGCCCUUCCACAGUGAGAGAUGCCCUGAGCAACCACAGUCACCACAAAGAUACUCCCAGGACUGUGACAAAUUUAUCAGAUGAAGUUUCCAGUGAGGAAGGGCCUGAGACUGGCUAUUCCUUACGCCGCAGUGUAGAGCGCACCUCUAGUGACUGCACCCUUCGCAACAGGAAAUCUCACCAUUACAAGAAACACUACCCUCUGGAGGAUACACCUAAAUCAGGUACCAGCUGCAGUUCCCGGUGCUCCAGCUCCAGACAGGACUCUGAGAGUACAAGGCCAGAGUCAGAAACAGAAGAUGUACUGUGGGAGGACCUCCUGCACUGUGCUGAGUGCCACUCGUCCUGCACCAGCGAGACCGACGUGGAAAGCCCUCAGGUGAACCCGUGUGUGAAGAAAGAAUUCAGAGAUGACCCAUUUCAUCAGAGUCAUUUGCCUUGGAUCCACAGUUUGAAUCCAGGACUAGAAAAAAUCAGUGCAAUUGUAUGGGAGGGUAAUGACUGCAAGAAAGCAGAUAUGUCUGUGCUUGAAAUCAGUGGUAUGAUAAUGAACAGAGUGAACAGCCAUAUUCCAGGAAUUGGCUAUCAGAUUUUUGGAAAUGUCAUAUCUUUAAUCUUGGGUUUAAUGCCCUUUGCCUUUCGACUUUUCCAAGCUAAAGAUUUAGAACAACUCCCUGCACAUUCUGCCACUGAGCUCUGCAUGACUGCCUUUGGAUCAGAUGGAGAUGUUCUGGUUCUCUCAAUGGUUAUUAUAAGUUUCGUGGUCCGGGUGUCUCUCGUGUGGAUUUUCUUUUUUCUGCUCUGUGUUGCAGAGAGAACAUAUAAACAGAGGCUACUUUUUGCUAAACUUUUUGGUCAUCUCACAUCUGCCAGAAGGGCAAGAAAAUCGGAGGUACCUCACUUUCGCUUAAAGAAAGUGCAGAAUAUAAAGAUGUGGCUUUCUCUCAGGUCUUACUUAAAGCGUCGUGGUCCUCAGCGCUCAGUGGAUGUGAUAGUUUCAUCUGCCUUCCUGCUGACUAUCUCAGUUGUGUUUAUCUGUUGUGCACAGCUACUUCACAUGCAUGAGAUUUUCCUUGGUUGUCACUACAACUGGGAACUCGUAAUUUGGUGCAUUUCUCUAACUGUUUUUCUCUUAAGAUUUGUUACUCUUGGAUCUGAAACAAGUAAAAAGUACAGCAAUACCUCAAUAUUACUUACUGAGCAGAUAAACUUGUACUUGAAAAUGGAGAAAAAGCCUAAUAAGAAGGAGGAACUGACACUAGUGAACAAUGUUUUAAAACUUGCUACUAAGUUAUUGAAGGAACUGGACAGUCCCUUUAGGUUAUAUGGGCUUACAAUGAAUCCACUGCUUUAUAACAUCACCCAGGUUGUCAUCCUGUCAGCUGUUUCUGGUGUCAUCAGUGACUUGCUUGGAUUUAAUCUAAAGCUCUGGAAGAUCAAAUCUUGACAGUAUAGAAAGAAGAUGAAAUAACAAGAGUGUUACAGAAAAGGUCAUUGAUGGACAAAACUGCCUCAGCAGCCACUGAACCUGUAUUUCAGAAGCUACAACCUCUUCAAGGAAGUAAUUUGGAAAACGGAAGUGUUUACAUCUGUCUUGUGCAAUCUUUGUAUUUAUUUCAUCUUCUCACUGGUUUAUGUUUGUUGUAGUUGACAUUUAUGUUUUAUUUUCAAAUUACUUGUUCUGUUCUAGAAAGGGUCAAAUUUAGGAAGGGUCAAAAACUGUGUCUGAGAGUUUGAAAUCCUGAAAUACGAUCACACUAAAUUGCUCUGUCUGUUGUUAAAGCUAAGCCAAUGCUGAACAUUUUUAGUUACCAGUAACACCACAUGGAAGUCAUUUGAUUUUUGAUAGUGUGGUAAAAUUGCUUAGAAUAUUUCAUUUGCACCAGUCAUUUAUGAGGACAAUGUCAGUAGAUGCUGGGUUGCAAUAGAAAAGUGAGACACUCAAAAAAUAAAGUACUGACAAUACAGUAUGACAGGUAGCAAAAAUGUUUUAUAUUACUAUUAGAAGCAAUUUCUAAUAUUUUGAGGAAUUCCAGGAUCUAAACUCAUAUAGGCUGCAGUUUAAAUAUCCUGGGAUAUUAGAAAGGUAUUAUAUAAGAAGUCAACAAGUGUUCUUUGAUAACACAUUUAUUAGAGCAAUAAUUGUAAAUGGUUACUAUGCUGUAUGAUAUUUUGAUAAAAAUUAAAUAUUGUAUUUAUUUGAAAUACUGGGCUGUUCUGUGCAGCUCUGACUGUGCAUGUGCACUUUUUAUUGUUACUUUUAAUGAGAAACUUUAUACAUAUAAAUGUAUAUUAAUUGGGAUAUAUUAUGGUGAACUAUGGAGCAGUAUGUAUUAUAUGUUGAAGUUGAAUAUUUAAACAAGCAAAUUAUUUACUGGUGAAAGGAAUGCUUUGAAUGACUGAGCAAAAGAUAGAUAAGAUAGAUGCUCUCCUCUUGUACACUAUAGUAUAUGCCAUUCAUACCACAUUGAAGUUUAAGAACAAUUAAACACAAAGAACAAGUUGCUCUGGUGAGCAGCAGAGCUGCAAAGCCUGGUAUUUGGCAGGUUUGUGUCUUGAAAUAACUGCCAUUCCUCCCCAGCAGGUGUCAUUCCCAUGUGCUUUCUGCUGGGGCUUCUAACACCUCUCCCUCUGCCUCCCACAAGGACCAGUCAUAUUGACUCGUGGUUCUUCAGUGUGACAAAAAUAAUGUGUCCAUCCCUGUGAAAUUAAGGAACUUGUAACAAACUUUCCUUCUACAAGGAAAUUAUUUUGGGAGGAUUAAUACCACGAGGCACAAGUAUUCUUAUAUUUUCUCUUUCUAAAAUACUGGCUUCAUACUGAAAAAUGACAAGUAAUUGUUGACAAGAGUCUGGAUAUUGCCCUAUGUUUGCUAAUGUUCAGAAUCUCGAAAGAUUGGAAGUAUUUAGUCUUAAACUUAUGUGGUAUAAAAAUAUUUUUAUAUAUAAAGCAACACAAACAAGCAUUUUGUAUUUUAUUUGCCUCUGUACUAAUGUUUAAUAAUGACCAAAGUGCAUUCUGGUUUUUGGAAGAAUGUAUUACUGGAGCUUUAAGAACAUACUAUAUUUAGUUUCUCAUGUGAAAACUUCAGCUGCCUCUGAUCUGUUUCUCCUUUCUCUGUUGUUUGACGUUGGGAUUGUUUUUAAAAAUUAAGUACAUUUUAUACACAGUUUUUUCCAAAUUAUGGUACAGACCUACACAGAACUUAAUUUUGCACAAAAUAUAUUUAAAAAAAAAAAAAAAAAAGAACAGCAGGAGUUCUAUGGGUGAUAAAAGAUAAGGCUGUUGCUUUUUACAGCCUGUCAUUAUUAACACCAAGAAGAAAACCAUUCUUUAGUCUAGAGUGGAAUUAUUUUUAGAAAUGUGAAAUAGUGACUAUAUGGCUUUCAUUACUUUAAAAAAAAAAAGGGUGAGAAAACAGAGCAAUUUGGGUUGAAGGUGAAAUUAGUUGAACCAUGUAUACCUCAGCAACUAGCACUGUGCGGUUUGUUGCACUAACAAAUGGCGGCUUGGGGAAAGUAAAACACUUGUGAAAUGAGAUUAAAAAUAAUAAAAACCUUUAUUUGCUACCCUUAGGUAUAUCCAUUAUGUUAAAAAUGAGAGAGGUUUAUUCUCCAUCCCUCAAUGUGGAAAGUCCAGUAUAAGAAUAGAGGCAAGUAGAAAUAUGGCAGAUCUUGCGUUGUUAACUGUUAUUUUUGCCACGUGUUUUGUAACUGAAAGUGUGAUCAGGCUUGGAAUAAAGCUUUCUAUGGCUGAUGGUAAAAAAGAAAAA